AUGGGGCCUGCUGGCUUCCAUGGCCGCCAGUGGAUAGGAAUCCUGCUCUCAGCUUCACUUCUGACCGCAUGGAACCCUCCGGCAGCCGCCCGCUUCACCCGCCACGCUGACCUGCUUAGCAACCCCGAAAGGGAGAGAGCUCUACUGGACAAGCCCACCCUCUCAGCCAUCCAGAGCACUGUCUCAGAGCAGAGGGAAAUGGCCAUCUUCUACUGCGACACCAAGGCUGACAAUGCCACCAUCCACUGGGUCGUCAACAACUCUCCUCUCGUGUUGAAUGAGCGCAUGAUGCUGUCUGCAGAUGACAAGACCCUCACCAUCCUCACUGUUGACCGAGGGGAUGCAGGGUCUUACCAGUGCAACGUGUGGCAUGAUGCUGAGGUUCGGAGAAGUAACAUCGCCAUGCUGGGUGUGAACUAUGGUCCUGACCCUGUGACAAUCAAGCUGGACUCCGGAGUAGCCACUGGGGAUGUGGUUGAGGUGAUGGAAGGCCACCCUGUGAACUUCUGGGUGGAAACACAGUCUUGCCCUACACCUGCCUAUACCUGGUAUCUCCCCACUGACUCCAUCCAGUCCCCUACCACAGGGACACUCACUAUCCAUGCGGUGUCCAGGGAACAUGAAGGCAUGUACAGGUGCCUAGUGAACAACAGUGCCACCAGGUUGUCCCAACUGGGUGUUGUCCAAGUCCAAGUGCUUGAAAAAAUGACUGCACCGUAUAUCGAUUUCCCAGCCUUGAGUCUUGUGGAGAAUGAAACCUCUGUUUCUCUGACCUGCAAAACCAGCCAUCAGGGGGUUGGUGUCCAAUGGUUUCUGAGGGGUCAGCCCCUUAGGACUAGUGAGCACCUGACACUGUCACCCCAAAACAGAACUCUGACCAUCCAUGGCCUUCAGAGAGAUGAUACUGGGCCCUAUGAGUGUGAGGUGUGGAACUGGGGUAGCCGGGCACGCAGUACUCCUCUGAGGCUCACCAUCAACUAUGGUCCUUAUCGAGUGGACAUCACCCAGGGCUCAGCAUCUGGAGUGGUCAGCACCAUUGAGGCAAUGCUCAACUCCAGCCUGACUCUGCAUUGCUGGGGUGACUCCGAACCAGGUGCCAGGUAUCAGUGGACCCAUGAGCACUCCUCUGAGGUGCACACCGGGGAGCUGCUGGCCAUUGACGCACUGAGGCAGGAACAUCAGGGCAUUUACAGCUGUAUAGGCUCCAACAAUGUCACUGGCUUGGCCCGAUCUGCCUCUGUCCUGGUCAAGGUGGUGGGUCCCCAGUUGUCCUCUCUGUCUCCUGGAGCCGUCGCUGGCAUUGUCACGGGGAUCCUGGUUGCCUUUGCUUUGGUGACAGGACUGGGCUGUUUCCUCUACAGAACAAAGGACAGAUGGAUCCGCAAGAAAUCAGCUGACAAUAUGUACCCCAAGACUACAACACCCACCUCUGUGACGCAGAGCCCCCCAGAGCUCAGACCCAACAAGCCAAAGACUGUGUACGACAAUAUGCCGAAGCCCCAAGAAGAGGCCAGAGGCAAAAAGAUGCUGCCACCUCUGUCCUCAGUGCAGUCCUAUGAGAGGGAAUCCCCUUCUGCAGCUCCUGAAGGUCCCAGAAAACUGCCAUCCCAGUUCCCGAAGCAGCCAUUGGUCCCCCCAGUACCAGACAGAAACUUGGAGUCGAAUUAUCAGAAACUGCUGAAUCCGCGCCUCAGCGUUUACUGCAAGAUCAAUCCAUCAGCGUGA